AUGUCUAUAAGAGAGAAUUUUGAUUCAGGGCAAGGAUUUUCUCUAGAUACGCUAGCGGGGCCUAAUACUUUCGAAACUGCCUCAACUCAUCCCUCUUCAGUUGAGAAUGAAAGCUGUUUUACCUGCAAAAAAAAAGUUGACAUCGCUCAGCGAGUAGCUUUCGUUAGCGGUUUACACAUAUGUCGCGCUUGUGCCGCUUUUUUCGAAUUGACGCAUGUCGAGCCUGACGAACAAAACGUAGUUUCUUCACAAGUUGCUCAACCAAUUGUCAUGCCGCCAACCAUAGUAUUUGAGAACUUUUCAGAACAAUUGGAGCAAGCUUUAGUCUUUGAUCCAGAGAUUGAAUAUUUUCCUGACUUAACCAACGCGCCAGAUAUGCCUUCGCAAGCCUCAACAUCUUUUAAACCUUCAGAAUCUUUAGAAACAAUGGAGUUAGUUGCUUUCGAACCUAUAGAGUCCAUGGAAGUGGAUGAACAGAGAACGCCUUUAGAAUCAACGACCGUAUAUGCAAAUCAAGAAAAACCAGAAAAUGAAUCAGAUAGUUCGGACGAGGAGCAAGCCAAUUGGAAGCGUGAGAGAAUAACCGAAAAACGGCGACGAAAGAAACAUCAAAUGCUCAUCUUUCCUGCUGGCUGCUCGAAUUGUAAAGUUCGAGAGUCAUCGUGUUUCACUAAUACUCUUUGCAACGGAUGCUAUAAAUUCUGGAAGCUUUAUAAUACGCACAGGUCACUACAUAAGAUUGCAAACAGUGACUUCGAAUAUGAAACUGAUGAAGAUCGUAAACGAAACACUCGAGUUAGAAUCGUGCAUUACCCACCCGGAUGCUCCAAUUGUGGUUUAACAUCUUCCCUGGCAUUUGUAGGCGACGUGUACUUUAAUCUUUACAAAAAGACGCGUCCAUUGGAAGUUAUUCAGAAAUGGAAAGAAAAAAACAUGAAUGCUUACCAAAGAUUCAGACCUAUAAGGAAGUCAAUACAUAAGACUCCAUGCGCGAAUUGUGGAGAAAUUUAUGGCAAGCAGUGGGGCUAUGAUGACGAUUCUCGGUUGCUUUGUAGCACAUGCCAUAAAUAUUGGCUCAAGUAUAAAAAAUCGCGUCCAAAUAUUCUAAUCGAAAGGUCUAAUCAGAAAAAGAUAAAAAAAGCAAGAGCGAAACAAGUUAAGAAAAAGCGUCUCGAGAAGCUUGUCAACGAAGCGGGGCCUUAUGACAUUGUAGCUCAUACACCUUGCACCAAUUGUCGAGCUCAAGUAUCUUAUUAUUUCAAGGAUGCUACUGGGGGUAAAUUUCUAAGUUCUUUUGAUUAUUUAGAUAAUUGGUAUUUAAGAUUCAAAGAAGAAAGGCCUACAAAUAAAACUACAGAAAAAGAAAAGCUUGAAGAGUUCUUCAAAAAGAAUGUUCACCUUGAAGAUUUCGAUUGGACAAACUUAACUGAUCAGCUUAUUCAUGAUGGAUGCAAGAAAUACGGGGUCAACUGUGAUCCAACCAAGUAUAAAUUACUUGCUAAAGAUCUCGUCUAUAAUCCAUACCUUCUACCAGCAAAAACAAUUAGGUUAAGAUGGAAGCGUCUCUGUAGAUACGAUCGAAAUUUUAUGUUACUUCGGAAAGAUCAUAGUCCUUUUCGAGAUGAAAACGGUCGAUUGUAUGUAACAAGAAGCAGGAGUAGAAUUCCAACAGAUGCUGCUGCCCGAUUCACCAUUAAAAAAGCGAUCUUCAGUAUGUACACAAAUUCACGGGACACAAAUAAAAUCCAUAAAUUAUACUUGGGGAUAUACGAUUGCAAGAAAAAAUAUGAAAAAGCCACCUCUAUAGUUGGUUUGAAUUACUAUGAUGAAAAGGAUGACUUUGAAAUAGAUGAAUUUGAAAAUAUUAUUAAUGAAAACCAAGACUCUGGGUUUCAGAUCAACAAUAUGCGUUGGGAAGCAUUUGAUGAUAAGGGCAACUUGAUCUCCAGAUCUAAAAAUCGGAAAGGCAAACAACCAGCUGAUCCCGAAAUUCUACGAAACGAUAAUGUGACGGUGAUCAACGAUGAUGAAGAGAGUCAAGAGUCACAGAUACCAGACAAUUUUAGCAAAAAACGAGAUAUUCUUCCGCGUCCCCAAUUCGAUGUAACCAAGAAGCCCAAAGGUUUUAUCGACGACCUAAGCUCUAUCAUCUAUAAUAAAGACGAAAAUAAGAUUGUUUACGUCUUCAGUGUGCAAUUUUUCGAUUCAUCUCUUGAUAAUCGAGAUGUUCCACACGGACAGAUCCAAUGGCUCAAGGCGGAACGGUUAAUGGAGCGAGAUACUGAAUACGCUCCAAAAUAUCCAUCGUCUCUUUAA